CUUGUAUUAAACCCAACUCUUCUGCUCCUUCUUCUUCUUCUCCUCCAUCCUAUCUUCCUUUAGCUUUAUCACUCUUAUCCAUCUGCCCAUCCUUCCGUCCGUUUCACCGUUUUGUUGUGUUUACACUUAUUCUCACUUUCUCAUAUACGCAUAUACUUGGAUACUUGGACAAACAAUUAUCUCUCUCUCUCUCUCUCUCUUUCUCUCCCUCUCUCUCCCUUUCUUCCUCUCUCCCUUUCUUUCUCUCUCUCGUCCUCUCUCUCUCUCUCACUCUCUCACUCUCUCUUUCACUCUUUUCUCCCCAGCUGCCAUCUUUCUAUCGCCUUUUUUGUUUUUUGUUUGUUUCUGUUACACUUCCCCAUAUCCUGCCUAGUCUCUUUAAAAGAAGCGGCUCCUUCGUCGGUCGGUCGCUCGCACACUUCCACUUCUUCUCUUCUUGACGUCCACUCUCUUUUUCUCAUCUCCGACCAAGUCCUCCCUAUGCAGUCCUCCGCCAACAUUCCUUACCCCGCGUACUAUGCUCCGCCCAAAAUGAAUUCAAACAACGAUUUGCAACACCCCUCGCGUUCGCAGAGCCCAAUGGCCAUGCCACCCUAUGCGGAGUCCCACUUGUCGUCUUCUAGCACAGCCGCCCCUCGCACGAGGGGUCCACAGACCUACUUUUCGCCGCCCGAGCGCGAUCCUCCGAAGGGCCAUCUCUUGCACACGCUCGAGUCCGAGCAGCGAUCUACGGACCCGGCGCCUCCUGCCUAUCAGCACGACCCCAAAAUGGCCAGUGGUGGACACCCUAGCGGAGCAUAUCCCGGCUAUAACCCAUAUCCGAGCCCUCCAACAACGGCUCACCAUACACAGCAGUUGCCGAUCGCACAGCAGUACCAGACACACACAUCCGCUACUCCUCUACAGCAACAGCACUACUUCUCGCAACCCAUUCCGGUCUCUCAGUCACAAGAGUCUGAACAUCUGCCUCCUCCACCCAGUGCCCCACUUCCUCAACCUCCUCCAAUCUCUGAUGUAGCCUUUGCUCAGAUAUACCCGGAAUUCCAUGCACAACAACAGCAGCAACAGCAGCCUCACUCGGCUCCUUUAGUGGCUCAAGUGUCCUUUCCAGUACCGCCACAGAGAUAUCACUCACAGCACCAGCCCUUUAUUGCACCCAACUCGCCAACGAGUCCUGCAGCGCCCAUGCGUUCACAGACUAGUCUGUCCCAAAACAUUGACACGACAGCAUUCAGUCUGCAUGCAUCGCUUUCCAGCCUCUCCUUGGCGCCCUCAGUUGCCUCACUCGGGCAUACAGAGCUCGCACGCGUUCCCACUAAUGGUUCGGCCUCAUCGUCAGUUCAGCGUCGCGCGAGUGUCAUUAGCAGAGUCACAAUACCGUUUCCUUCGAAGGCCGUUAUGGAUUUCAAAACGGCCGAAGUGCUAGCGUCGCUCACGUUCGAGGACAUGCCUCGGGUCUACAUUGUUGCUGCACCCAUUGCCUCGUCCUCUUCUUCGGGACAAUAUACGCCCUUCCGAAUCCUGGCACCCUGCCAGGCCCUUGGGGUCCGUGACCAUCAAAAGGAGCACCCAAUCCACUUCCCAGAACACCAGGGCUACAUCGUUAAUAACUCUGAGCAAAUGAUGAAGACCCAUGGUACCGUCUUGCAGCAUAUGGCCAACCUUGCCUGUCUCGUUUCCGGAGCGAGCGAGCCUGGCUUUGGAAAGAGUAUUCUCAAACACGCAGAAAAGUUUUUGAAGACGGUCAAGCCGACGACUCGAGUGCCAGCGAUGAGGGAUACUAUCGAGCUGAAUACCGCUGUCGAUGGAACGAGCCUACAGAUCGAAAAGUUCAUGACUGAGCAUUUGCAGCUGGAGAGCAUUGCACGACUCAUGCGCGAAGUCACUGGUUCAAAUCUUGCGGCCGAUUGGUCAGGUGGACUGCAGAGGAUGAUUUCCCCAGGAACCGGUCGUCCCAUGUGGGUUUGCCAAGACUGUUUCUCUGGGCUCCAGUCAGGUCGUUACGAGUGGAACGACGAGCAAGCGAGCCUGGAUGAUCUGAUGAACUAUCCAGAAAAGAGUGGCGUCAAGAGCGAGGCACAUCUUCUGAACGCAGCGGCGAUCGAUGUGUACUCACAGAUGAUCAGGGGCCAGAGUCGCAUCAAGCACGCCGUCGUCCACAUGUCGCCCUCGUACUUUGAGCAGCCAGAACGCAAGGUCGCCGCGGUCUUUUCUGCCAAUCAGAAAUUGAUCCAGAACUUGACCAAGGUCCUGGCGGAGGCACAUUUGACUAUGAUCGAGAUCAACGCCAACCAGGCUCGCGACUCGGAGCUGAUGGACAAGGAUAACAUCUAUCUGCAUGUGCGUCGACUCUUUACCUGCUUCCAGCUCGAGUUUGUCAAGUUAAGCGGCCUUCCCUUCCUCCUCCGAGAGAAGCUGCCCGGGUUCCUGCAUCACGCCAAGUAUCUCAAUUUUGACGGCGUCCUACUUGACAAUGACAAGGCCGUAACCAACAUGAAAAAGCUGAUCACCGAUAACUCGGACAUGGAGCACCUUGUCCUCACCAGGGCUCAGAUGACGAGCACAGGCGUCAAGAUUCUCUGCUCCGCCCACAAGAACCUCCGUCGAUUGACCAAGCUCGAUCUCUCGAACAAUAAGCUGGACGCAGAAGGCGUCAAGGAACUGUCGAACCUAGUCUUGCCAACUUCGUUGGAUCUUAGGUUCAUCGAUCUGUCCGAUAACCCCAGUAUCGGUACCUCAGGCUGUCUCAGUCUCCUCAACGCGAUCUGGCCACAGUCCUCGCACGCCACCAAACAGAAGAACCUGAUCUCACUCCAAUUAGCCAACACGGGUUUCUGCGAUGAGGCUGCUAAGCUUUUGAGCCGUAACAUUGAUGGUCCUAAUGGCAUCGGUGCACUUUACAACAUCAACCUGUCCGCCAACCAGAUCUCCAAGCCUGGUUUGAUGGCGCUCAUGAACUGUGUCUCCAAAAAUGCCUCGGCAUCGCCGCUUCGUAAGAUCUAUCUGAGCCAGGACAUCAAUUCCAAUCUCCUUCCAGGGUCGAUAGACUAUGAGGUCGUCCAGUUGAUGGGCCUUCACCCGUCCUUGACCCAUCUCAGCUUUUCGAAGCUAUCGCUCGGCGUGGUCUCGCAGAUCGUGAACCUAAACAAAUCUCUGGUCUCCCUGACGGUCGACAACGUUAUCUGUGUCUCGCCGCAGGAUCCCAACUACGCACUCUUGUGCUUCCACAGUCUGUGUCAGAGUAUUGACUCUAAUACGACGUUGCAGGACCUCAAGAUCCGGCUCCCAUGGUCCUUCUGGUCGUGUGCAUAUCAGCCCGCUAACAACGCGGCUGAACAGGAGAACAACUGGAACAAUGCGGCAGAAUGGAUGACUGUGAUGGAGAGCAGUGUUCAACGGAAUACGGUCCUGCGGUGCUUCCAGAUGCGCGGGGUGACAAAUUUUGAAGACGAGUUAAUGCUGGCGGCAUCAAUCUCACCAUUGGUGUCGGGCUCAGGGUCGGUCUCGGGAGGAUCCAUGGGUCGAUAUGGGGGAUCGGGCAUGGGUAUUGAAGCGGCGGAGAUUCCGAGGACGGAGGCGGAGAGCAGGAUGGUCGAGCUCAGCCAGAGCGUGAGGAUGUAUUUGGAGAGGAAUCAAGUGAUGUACUACGGACGCAAGCAUGGACUCGAGCCCCAACUUGUGAGCCAGUAUUAGUUCUUUAUCGUCAUUUAUUUACUGUAACAAAAACCAUCAUCGUCAUCAUCAUCAUCAUCAAGACUACAUACAUAAUGCAGAUAUUCAUAAAGAUUCGUGAAGAAGCGCC